GAUAUCCAACUCAAGAGCAAGAGCAGGAAAGGAAAGGGAAGGAAAACGCCGCCGUUCUGUAUUUAAAAAACCCGUAUGAUUGAGUUCCAGAGUAGAGAGUAGAGUGGAGAGUGCAAGAGAAAAGAGAAAAGAGUAAAGUUUGAGGUCGAAAUCAUAAAGAUGGGUUAAAAAUUUCCAUGAAGGAUUAAUCUUUUUUUAUGCAAAAAAAAACAAGAUGGAGAAGAUGAUCGAAGUGGGAAUCAGAGGCGUGGCAGCGGAGGUGGAGUUGAGAUCCAGAAGGGAUCGAACAGCUUUUCAAUGGGGAGGAACUAUCUGUGCUCUAUUUUUGUUGAUCCUUAAUCGAACAGGACGUAGAUCCGCCUUGCAGACUACUCUUCUAGUGCUGUAUCUCUUCGCAAGUUUCCCAACUGUUCUGUUCAAAAUUUUAAGAGGACAAUUUGGUUAUUGGAUUGCCUUUCUUGCUGUUGCUGCAAAUUUAUUCUUUCCCGAAACCUUUCAAGUUUCUCGCUUCGUACUAUUUGUCAUCGCACCAGACUGGCUGUCUAAUGGACUACGCGAUCCCCUUGCUGGUGGCAUCUUCUGCCUUUUGAUGGCUGUUUUGCUUCUCAUGGCAAGGCUUCGAGAAAUUGGAGGACUGUGGGGUUGUGAAUAUAAUUUUCAUUGCAUUUCCUACUGUCUAGUUAUAUCACUCUUGUUCUUCUUUACGGGGUUUUAUCUAUUUGUAGGAGGUUGGUAAAAAAGAUGAUUAAUUUCCAAGGGGUUGAAGACAUCUAUAACCAACUUGUGAAAAAAUUCAGCCUGAACCCACUUUAGUCUUCAUAUGAGAAUGAAAUUUCUUGAUCAA